GUGGGCUUGAUAAUGAUGCCUCAAAAACCAACUCAGAUUUAUGCGGAAAAUAGUUCAUCACCAAGCCAACCUUGCAGAGCAUUUAGAAGAAUAGCAGAAGCUGAGAAAAAGAAAAUAGGAGGAAAACAAAAACAAAAGAAAGGAGAUAUAGUAGAAGCAAACUUUGAGCCAUCGAGUCUGGAACAUUUUCAAGUCCGCUUCAGAGAAGAUGUGAAAGUACCCCUACUAAAACUGUUCAAACCUUUUGCAUUUGCAUGUUUGGUCACUGGAGGUAGUUUUACAGGAGCAGCAAUAUGGCAAUAUGAGGGUAUGAGGUCCAAAGCUAUUAGUCGAGCACUUCAACAAUAUAGUGAUAUCUUCAAGUCAGAGAAGGCUGGCGAAUUGAGACGCCAGAUUAACCAAUGGUUCUCUGGUCUGUUGGGGACACAGAAAGUGGUGCUAAGUAUUGUAGCUAUUAAUGCAGCCGUCUUUUUCUUGUGGCGUGUUCCAUUUAUGCAACUCUUCAUGGUCAAAUGGUUUAGUGCCAAUCCUGCUGCAAAUGCUGUGUGCAUACCAAUGUUACUCUCAACAUUCAGUCACUACUCACUCUGGCAUUUAGCUGUCAAUAUGUAUGUAUUGUGGACAUUUUCCUACAGUAUGCAAAAUUUAUUUGGGAAAGAACAGUUCUUAGCAAUGUAUGUAUCUGCAGGUGUGUGGUCGUCAUUUGCAAGUCACCUUCUUAAAGUUGUCACUAUGAAAUAUAAUCCAUCAUUAGGAGCAUCAGGUGCAAUAAUGGCAGUGUUAGGUGCUACAUGUUUCCAGUAUCCAGAUGCAAAGCUAGCAAUAGUUUUUCUUCCAUUCUUCACAUUUUCUGCUGGAACUGCUUUGAAGGCUCUGAUUGGAAUAGAGUCACUUGGUAUAAUCAUGAGAUGGGGUUUCUUUGACCAUGCUGCACAUCUUUCAGGCCUGCUUUUUGGUUGUUAUUAUGCAUUUGAUGGGUACAAGAGACUAUGGGGCAACCGAGUUAUGCUGAUGGAGAAGUGGCAUGAAUACCGAGAAAAACCAGGAAAAGUUUGAGUAACAAAUGAAGACAUUGGCUAUUGAAUGUCCAAAAAGCAACAUGUGCAAAAUGGUACACCUUGCGAUGGAGUGGAGACUACAAUCUUGGUAUAUGAUCAAGUGUACACAUGUUGCUGCCCUCUCCUGGUUGAUGUCCAGGUAGUCCGUACUGGUUAAUGUCCAGAUAGUCCGUACUAGUUAAUGUCCAGGUAGUCCGUACUGGUUAAUGUCCAGAUACUCUGUACUUGGUUGAUGUCAGUUCUCAGCUAGUUGAUGUUUACGCCUUACUGGUUGUUGCCCAUUCUUUACUGGUGUUUGUAGAUCCCAGCUGGUUGAAUGAAUCUCAAUGGUCUCAAUACGAUAUGAUACAAUGUGUUUGAUUUGUCCAAAGAAAAUUCAUUAAUACAUGUAUAUUUGCUCCGAACAGUUAUUUUUGGAAAAAAACAAAGGAACCUAACCGAAUUACAGGGGUGGCGCCAGGAUUUGUGAUAAAGCUUUUGUGAUGUCAGACAUCGCUCAAAAUGUCUCGGAAGUGAUCCAAGGGUCAUAGCCCCAGAAAAAAUGACAAAGGUUUAUUUAAACAAGAGUCUACUAACAUGUAAAAGAUAUAUUAUAAUUUUUGCUUCUCCCUGGCGAAGUGUAUAUUUAUCUUCCCCCCCCCCCAAUAGGGGUAGGACCUAAGGACCUGAUGACCCACUGUUGGUUCAAUAUUUUGCCAGUUAGUGAUAAUAAUAAGGAUGGUGAUGAUACAUGAUAAUUAGUGAACAAGUCAGUAAGUUUGAAUUUUCGUAUUUUAUGUUUGUUUUUGUUAAGGAACCAGAUCAAAUUUCAUUGUAUGUGUAUUGUACAUGUAUAUAUGGCAAAUAAAUUUAUUGAGUAUUAAGUAUUAUAAUGAUAAUUCAAAUGUUGAUCUUCAUGUUCAUGAUACAGAUAAUGAUAAACAUUUUGUGAAAAUAGUUUUGCCAAAAACAUCCAGAUGGAGGAGACAAUAAUAAUAACAUUUUAUUGGUGAAUGUAAAAUAGGAUGGUUAAAUGCUUCAAAUUUAUAUAAUUAGGAAGAAAUAUACAUAUCUUUGGAGAUUUCAAGGCAGCGAAGGGUGUAAUAAACAUAUAGAAAAACUUUAAAUUUUUUCUGAAAUUUCCACUUUUUCGUGGUGGCGGGUGGGCCAAAAAUUAAAUUUUAUUUGUAUUCAAAAUCCUCAAUGUUUUGCAGUCAGCGGGUUUGCCAAACAAGCUAUAAAAAAAUUCUCGCCUUACAAAAAGUGAUGGAAAUAGUUUAUUAAUUAUUAUGUCUGGUCUCCAUAAAAUCGCUACAAAGUUGCUACAAUGUUUUCACUGCAAUCCUUCAUUGUGUAGUUCUCCCUGACGUUUCCCCGAUACGACCAAAUAAUCAGGGAGCAUCGCCAACUGCUGUUUGUAUUUUAAUGAAACCCAGGCUUUACCAAAUUUUCAUAAUAAUAAUAAUAACUUAAUGAUAGAUAAAAUCAGGUCAUUGCUUGGUGAUGUGUUUCAUAAAUGAAUCUAUAAAAACAUAAAAUGAAAAUAUAUUUAGUGUAGUCAUAAAUAUUUUCAAGAGCCAUGAAGUACUUUCUGAUAUACAAUACCGUGUGUGUCACACUCAUAGUAUCACACUCACAGUCCGGAGUUGAGAGGAGCUGGUAUCAGUACUUCUUAACACUGUUGUCACUCUUGUGUUUUGCUCUGUGUGUGGUGUUACCCAUGGCAAGCUAUCUACAGGAAGACAAUUAAUAAUUCAGUACUAAAAUGUCAAUUUGUGAGAGAUGGGUUAAGCGUGGUUUCCUUAAAUUUGCUACACUGUCACUACAGUGUUUGCAGUGCAAUUGUCGUAUUGCAUAGCAGUCCUAGAUGCAAUUGGGAAGGCUCCCUGAUUCGACUGGCCAAUGAGUCACCAAAAACUGUCAGCGAAAGCAUGUAGCGAUUGUAUGGAAACCGAGCUUUCAUUUCUGGAAGAUUUUUGCUUGCGUGUGGUAGUGCAGGAGACAGUACUGAUACGCUGAAGAAUCUCAUACCCCUGUAUGUCCGAAAUUUCCACUCAAAACAUGUUGGUUUGUAGCACAUCGAUAUGUUGCUUCGAUGUGAGCUCCCUUGGUUUAUCAAUUUUUUGUUGGUGUUUCCUGUUUUGCCUUGUCACUUAGAUGUUGAAUCAAACUUACAAUGAAAAUGAUGCUAUUGUUUGUAAAAAAAAAACAUGGUAAGAUUACAACAUUAAUGAAGCCACAUGUUUAAGAACAUGGCUCUCAUUUUUACAAGAAACAGUGAUUGGAAAUAUUUAAGAAUCUGUACAAACAUAUAUUGUCUUUACAAAGUAAUUUUUAUGAAUAAAAUAUGACUAAAUGUUGACCCAAA